UACGUGGCAAGCAAAGAAGCGUCGAGCUGAAAAGUUGUAAAUAAUUCGACCAAAAAAUAUGAAUAUUUAGCUGCUUCGUCACUGUAAACUCCAUACAUCCUUCCUAUAUUAUCUCCUAAACGAUUCACGACCCAUAACUAUAAACAGACGCUCAGUACUUCGCGGAAGGGAUGAAAUUUCGCAGGAGAAAUUUCGUGGUUUUUGUCCUUUUAUUUCUUUCAGCACAAAACAAAGCUGAAGAAAUUCCAGCUAAAGAGGAGGUAAAAGAAGCUCAGGAGAGUAAUGUAGAACAAACAGCUGAUACCACCAAGAACCAACAACAAGCUACACACAUUGAACCAAAGACACGUGAAUCUAGUGAUAAUAGUGAACAUAGUGAAGAUUCUAAAAGUAAAUUUGAACAUGAUAUGAAACAAAGUACAGAAAAUGAAGUUGUUAGGGAUGAUAUAAGGACUAGUGAAAGUUCUGGAGAACAAGUUGUGCAAAAUGAUGACAACCAACAGCAAGAAUCUAGUAAUACACAAGUUAAAUCUGAAACUGAUACUUUUGGAAAUAUAAAUCAGCAAGGUGAUCAAAACAGUGGUGCAAAUCUGCAGAGUGGGAAUAGUGAAGUUGUUAAUGGCAGAGAAGAUGUCAGACCAGUGGAGGAGGGACAUGACACAGAGAAUCUGAGAGAUCUAGGAGAUAAGAAUGUUGUGAAUGACGAGAAAAUGGGAAAUGAAAAGGUUGAUAAUGUUGGGAUACAAGAUGGAGGUUCUGUCAGUGAUAAUCGAGAACAAGGUUCACAGCAAGACAAUGAUAACAGUGAACAACAAGUUGUGAAUGACGAGAAAAUGGGAAUUGAGAAACCUGCUGAUAAUGUGAAAUCUGUAGAAAAAGAUCAAGAAAAUGAUAACAGUGAACAACAAGUUGUGAAUGACGAGAAAAUGGGAAUUGAGAAAUCUACUGAUAAUGUGGAAUCUGUAGAAAAAGGUCAAGAAAAUGAUAACAGUGAACAACAAGUUGUGAAUGACGAGAAAAUGGAAAAUGGGAAAUCUCACGAUAAUGUCAGAUCAGUAGAAAAAGAUUCUGGCAAUGGGAACCCGGUAGAUCAAAGAGUAGACUCACAGGAACCAGCUUUAUCAGAACAAAUGAACUUAAAAAAAUUGAAAGAAAACUUGAAAGAUGGUAAAGUUGGGGUCAAAAGUAAAAAGAAGAACAAGAAAAAGAAAAGCAAAAAAUCUGGGGGAAAAAAGAAAAAGAGUAAGAAAGAUUCCCAAUUAGAAUAUGAAGAUGAGGAUUAUGAAGAUGAAUAUUAUGAUGAAUAUGAAGAUGUUGAUGAUGCCGAGCAAGGUGGUUAUGUCAAACAUACUGAUUAUUAUGAUGACGAGGCUAAAGGCAUGAUGGGUCCAGAAGGUUAUAGAGAUGAUGAAGAUGAAGAUGCUCCCCCAACUCAAGGAACAACAGAAGAGCCAACAAACCCCCCUUUUGAUGAAGAAAAAGUCCAAGAAAUUCAUGAAGAAGUGUCUGAAGAAAUCAAGGAAAUGGAUAGUACAGCUCCUACCUCAGGGCAAAAGAAAGCACUACUCAAGGAAGAAAUUAUAAAACUCAGAGAGGAAAAUGAAGCCAUGAAAGCAAAAAAUGAGAAACUGAAAGAACAAGCUGGAUAUCUGGAAUACAAUGAAGCACAGAAUCUCCUCAAUCAGACUAAACCAAGCUACAGAAAAGCUUACAAGCUUUUAGAAGAAGCAGCAGUGGUUCAUAAUUAUACUAAAGCCAAGGAGAUGGUUGUUUUUGCAUACCUGGGUCUUGGCUUCAUGUAUGCAGCUGGUGUACAUGUCAACUCUAGUCAAGCCAAAGCCUUGGUCUACUACAUGUUUGCGGCAUUAGGUGGAGACGUUAAAGCACAAAUGGCUCUGGCAUAUCGCUACUGGUCUGGAGUUGGUGUUCAAUCAGCUUGUGAAACAGCACUUACUUAUUAUAGGAAGGUCUCCAACAAAGUUGCUGAGGAUGUAUCAUUGACUGGUGGUCCAGCCGUACAGAGAAUAAGACUAAUAGAUGAAGAUGAACAGGGAGGAAAUAAUGCAGUGCUUGAUGAUGAUUUGAUUCAAUACUAUCAAUUCCUGGCAGACAAAGGUGAUGUUCAAGCCCAGGUUGGCUUGGGUCAGCUGCAUUUUCAGGGAGGACGAGGAGUGGAAGUUGACCAUGAGAGAGCACACAGGUAUUUUCAACAAGCUGCAGAUGCUGGGAACUCUAAUGCUAUGGCUUUUCUUGGCAAGAUGUAUUCAGAGGGGGGUCAUGAUAUCAAGCAAGACAACGAGACAGCAUUCAAGUGGUUUAAAAAGGCUGCAGACAAGGGGAAUCCAAUUGGUCAGAGUGGUCUUGGACUGAUGUACAUGUUGGGUAGAGGUGUAGAAAAGAAUUAUGAGAAAGCUUUUCARUAUUUUAAGAUGGCUGCUGAACAAGGUUGGGUGGAUGGACAUCUCCAGAUAGGAACCAUGUACUACCAUGGUCUUGGUGUUAGGAGAGACUACAAAAUGGCCAUCAAGUUCUUCAAUCUCGCUUCUCAGUCAGGUCAUGUGUUGGCUUUCUAUAACCUUGCUGUAAUGCACGCCUCUGGCACAGGUGUCAUGCGGUCUUGUCACACAGCUACAGAGCUUUUUAAAAAUGUAGCAGAGCGUGGCCGUACAGCCAAGUUACUAAUGGAAGCGCAUGAGGCAUACAAACAAGGACAGGUUGAUACAGCUCUCUUGAAGUACGCUAUGCUGGCUGAACUGGGAUAUGAGGUGGCGCAGAGUAAUGUGGCUUACAUCCUUGACCAUGGAUUGUCUUCUAUAUUGAACAAAUCUGAAACAAACUCCCGUGCCUUGCUUUAUUGGACUAGAGCUGCAAUACAAGGUAACACCCAGGCAAGAGUUAAGGUCGGUGAUUACCAUUACUAUGGUUACGGCACGGAAGUAGACUAUGAGAUGGCUGCCUUCCAUUACAGAUUGGCCUCUGAACAACAACAUAGUGCCCAGGCCAUGUUCAACUUGGGUUAUAUGCAUGAGAGGGGAUUGGGAAUGAGACAGGAUAUUCAUCUAGCCAAACGCUUUUACGACAUGGCUGCACAAACCAAUCCUGAUGCCCAGGCUCCUGUUGCACUUGCUCUGCUGAAACUGGGCGUUCUUUUUUUCUGGGAAUGGGCACGAGAGAAUUACGAUUUCUGGAACAGAAUUGACUUGAACAAGCAGUUUGGACAAGACUGGGAUAUUUAUCUUGUGACAAUCUUAGCACUUAUAUUCGGCAUGGCAGUAUUUAUACGAAGACGAUAAAAAAAAUUGAUGUCAUUUUUAUGUGCAGCUAAAUCUUCCAGGCAUUGACCACAACAACUCUUAGAAAGCUAACCAAUCAUGAGUGAAAACUGAAGCCAAUCGAGAGAGAGCAGAAUAUUGAAGUGAGCCAAUCACCUUGUUUCAAUCCCACAAGCUGUCGACAACAUCUAAAUUGUCUGUUAGAAACAGCAAUUCCUCUAUUGAGAACGCACCCUUUUUAAAAACGUACAGCUGUACCGCACCACACAUUUCUUAAUAUAUAAUUAAAAUAAAAUGAAUUUCAGCGACACUUUAAAAAAAUCUUCAAUUAUUGAGGAAACUUUUUUCGUAAAAAUAAUUUUCAAAAAGGACCUACCAGACAAGGCCCGGAAGGUGUACCUGUUUAUUAGAGGUUCCCUCCUCAUUUUAGUUGUUGUGCUUUGUUUCCACUGUAUAAAAUGAUUGGUUAAGUUGCUGAGUGAUCCUUGGUUAAAGUGUCCACACAGUUAAACAUUGUGCCACACAUCUUUUUUACUCUCUCUCUUCCAUUUCAAGAGUAUAUUUCAUUUACGACAACACUCUUCCUAAUUUAAGUAAUUUUUAAUAAAAAUUAUGUAGCUUGA